ACAGAAAGUCUUCGUAUUUGUACUCUACACCUUUCUCCGAAGCUACAAUGAAGCCGUCAAUUUUGGGUUGGGUCAUCGGCCUCAAGUAGCUAGAUACAUAAACAAAUAUACAGAUGCCUCACAUAUCCCUUCCGAUUUAAAUGUAUGAAUAUCUUUCUCUCUUUCACAUUACUUCUUCAGACUUGGUGAGCUGCUUGCUGAGGCUCAUUCUGCUAGUUGAAGAUUGUUCCCCUUGACAAACCUCCCUUUUUUCUUACGUGAUAAAACUCCUUUUAUCAUGAUUUCAACGAAAGAUAUCCCUGAAGGGACCAUUGAUGGUCGCCAGGCUGUAGCCAGCCCCCCUACUGGUAAUGUUGUAUCAAGACCAACUCCAGAAUCUCAAACCCAAGACCCGCGAAGGUAUCAACUGGAUCAAAUGAAGAAGCGUUACUCUCCUACCCAAAAUACGCUACAAGACGGCACAACAAAUCUCUUCUUUAAACUCAAACCAUCAGAUCCGGAUUUUCCUUUUGAGUUGAAUCAUCUAGCAUGCGAACUCCGGGUUCCAGCAUCUUAUCCAGAGAAACUUCCUGUCCUGCAAGUCAAGAACAAGGAUAUCCCUCGCGGAUUCGCCGUCAACAUCGAGAAGGGAUGGGAUGGGCUCGUUAGAGAUAAUCAAGGCUUUACUCUUCUAGCCUUGACUAAUGCUUUGGACAAAAACCUCGAAGCAUUCCUUUCCGAGCGAAAGGCUGAGACUUUAACCAUGGUAUCCUUCAAAGACACGCGGCAUCUUGAUAAUUUAGCAACCAAGUUAGGCGAGACUUCUGUUUCAGCAAUUAAGACGUUGCCAAAACCAGCACCGGCGCCUCGUAAGCCCUAUGUGCCAGAGGAACGUUUUACAGAGGAACAGAUUGCGGAGGCAAGGGCAAGACGCGCCGAAGACACCAGACGACUUGAGGCACGAAUGCGCCAAGUGCCUUUCUACAAGAAGUCUGCAGAUGGUGUGGUUUAUACGUUACGUCUACGACCAAGUCAACCGGAAGAGAUGCCCCAUCGAUUAAGACAUAUACAAACAGUCCAGUUAAUCGUUCCCUUACUCUAUCCCUUACAACCACCUAAGAUACUCAUCAACAAUAUCAGCUCGGAAGACGCAGAGCCCCUGGAGGAAGAGUUCACGAAGAGGGCCGCUCAACAGAAGCAUUUUGCUUUGACGACGCAUUUAAAUCACUUCGCGUGUUCUAUGCACUUGAUUGCUAAGGAAUGCGGCGUCGGAUUUACACCCAACUUUGCUCGUCUCUAUGAGAACCAGUCGGUUAAUGGUGCAGCUAAGGGUACGGGCCAAAAGGAGGCAGUUCCGCCAACCAUCGAUGAUGAGAAAAGCCACAUCCGCGUCAUCCCCCGCCCUCCCGAAUGGGACGUCGGAAACACUGCUGAGGAGUCAGAGGACUCCGACAGCGAUUACUGGGACUCGGGGGACGAGUCCGACGGCGGCGCGGCCGUCGACACGGGAGACCAGACCCAAAGCAACGACCUGGUCUUCCCGCCCGGCGAAGAGCACGUCGAGAAGGGCACCGCGAUAUCGUUCCCCAACGUCGAAUUGUCCCGCGUCGACUUCCUCGAGAUAGCGGAGCUGGGCCUCCACGUCAAGUGUCUGCGAUGCAAGACGCUGAACGUGGCGGCUCACCUGAAGCCGAACGUAGAACAGAGAGGCAGCUGUACGAAAUGCAGGGCGCCGUUGGCGUACAGAUUCCGCCCGGAGCUGGUGCAUCAGAACUCUGCUAGAGCCGGGUUCAUCGACGUGGCAGGCUGCACUGUUAAUGAUAUGUUGCCUAGUACCUUCAUCCCCACCUGCGGCCACUGCUCGCAGCCCAGCCACCAGCUCCUCGCCAUCCACCGCGAGGACAUCACCAACAUAUGCCGUCACUGCCACGCGCGCUUCACCUUCUCGAUCCCGACCGUCAAAUUCCUCGCCAUCACUCCCGGGGCCGCGCCACCGCCACCUACAUCAGCACACAGACACCGCGCAGAGGAAGGGGGGGAGCGUCUGGGCCUGCGCCCCGGCGAACCGCUGCCGGGGCGCGGCACGUGCGCGCAUUACAGGCGCUCGUACCGCUGGUUCCGCUUCUCGUGCUGCGGGAAGACGUACGCGUGCGACCGGUGCCACGACGCGGCGGAGGCGGCGGACCACGCGCAGGAAAGGGCCGAGAGGAUGGUUUGCGGCUGGUGUAGCAGGGAGCAGCGGUACGCGGUCGAUACGUGCGGGUUUUGUGGGAGGGGCGUGGUGGGUAAGAGGGGCAGGGGGUUCUGGGAGGGCGGGAAGGGGACGAGGGAUAAGGGGGUGAUGAGUCGGAAGGAUAAGAGGAAGUUUAGGCGUGUUGGGGGGAGUGAGGGGGCUAAGGGGCGGUGGGUGUAGGGGAUGGCUGUGUGAGUUUGGCGGAGAUUGUAUCUGUGUCUGUGUUUGUACUGAUGAUUUGAAGGUGAUGAUGAGGUCUGUUCUAUGUGCUGCGGAAUAAGGCCUAGAGCUGUUGAGCUAGUCUCGGGUCAAACUCUGUCAGCAGCUUCCACGAUUAAUAUUGUCUCUGGCUAUUCACACAGACGCCCGUAUAUACGACUGCUAAUGAUACGUUUUACCCCUAACA